GAUCUAUAAAUAUCUGAUUUACACAAUGAAUGAAGAAUAUCUCUUGAAGUGAAAGGCUUGCCAUAUCCAUUAUCGAAUUCGAGAAGUAAGAUUUAGUAAAAGGCAUUAUUUAUUCAAUCAUUGGUUUAAAACCGAAUAAAAUCAAUAAAAGUGUAUGUGUAGGUGUGGAAUUAUGUGAUAAAAUAAGUGUCUUCAAGAAGAAUUUAACCAAUCAUAGCAUUUGAGCACUCUGGACAAUGGAUAUACUUUAUGAAAAAGAUGUACAUAUUAUAGAAUAUAUCCAAGCAAGGUUUAUGAAUUACAAGGAUGUAAUGAUCAGUAUUUCCAAUGUAUUCGAUCCUCGUUAUGCCUUUCUUCUGUAUGCUCCCAUCUUGUUCUCUCUGGACUUCAAAGCUGGAAGAAGGUUAAUGUGGGUGGUCAUCAUGAUGGAAUGGAGCAAUCAUCUUUUAAAGUGGUUACUACACGGAGAACGACCGUAUUGGUGGGUCCAUGAAACACAAAUUUAUAAUACAACUGGGAAAACAAUACCUUUUUUACACCAAUUUCCGAUUACCUGUGAAACUGGACCAGGAAGUCCGUCAGGUCAUUCUCAAAGUACAGCUUCCGUUUGGUAUGUCAUCAUACAGACAUUCUUGCAGAAAAACAACUUUAGUAGCAUAGAUAGAUACGGUUUAAUCUCAAAAACAUGUUGGUUUGUGUAUUUUCUUUUGUUAACUGCAAUCGGUACCUCCAGAAUAUUCAUUGCAGCUCACUUUCCCCACCAGUGCAUAUUUGGCAUAAUAUUAGGUUGGGCAGUAGCUGUGUCUCUGGAAAAUAUCAAUCAGGUCAAGUGCAACAUCCUUCAAUAUUCAACCAUAACAGCAGGGAUGAUGGCUAGCGCUGCAUUUGUUUACACAUUUCUGGAGACUAUAGGGACAGAUCCCAUGUGGACCAUAAACAAAGCCAUCAAAUGGUGCAUUGACGAAAACUAUAUCCACCUGGAUACUACACCCUUAUACUCCAUGAUGCGUUACUGCGGUUUCAUGUUAGGCAUGGGCUUUGGUUUCAAUAGCUCCUAUUUCGAAAAGAAUUAUCAAUUAGAAUACACCAUAAGGAAGAGACUACUGUGUGCUCUUCUCUCAGUAGCUAGCUGUUUACUAUCUGAAGAAAUAAUAUUCCAUAAAGACAGCCUCAUUUUGUACUAUUUUCAAGCAUUUUUACUCAAUAUGGUUCUAGCAUACAUAAUAGUAGCAGUGAUUCCAACUGUAACUAACGCUAUUUGGACCAUAAAGGAAAAGAAUGAGUAGAAAGCAGAAUUUAGAACCUGAUGAUAAAUAGCAAUACGAAAUAAAAAAUUAAAUUUUCGAAAAAAUCUGGUUUUAUAACUAAAUAGAGAUAUUCGGAUCUAAUUUCUGGUAUGUUUGAUAUGUUGAUCAUCAGUGGUGAAAGGAACAGGUAAAUUUUGCAAAACUUGCGGAAGUCUUCGAACAUUAAUAUUUUGUACGUUCAUUAUUCGAACAGAAGGAAUUUGUAAUCGAUAAAUUGUGAUUCAAUAUUUUUGUUAAAAUUUGGACUUGAGAAGACAAGCUAACAUGCCCAAUCCUCAUAUUUCAUUUAAAUCUAGCCAACAAUUAAAAAAUUAUGAAGGAUUU